AUGCGUGCGCUGUGUGGCCUCGCCGUCGUGGCGCUGUUGGUGGCCUGCUGCCGGGCGCAGCGACGAGCCACGGCCAAGCACGAUCUGCCAUGGUUUGAUCCAACCCUUCCCUUGAGCGAGCGUGUGGCCCUGCUCGUGAACAACAUGACAAUCAAGGAGGUGUCCAUGCAGCUCUCGACAAACUUUGACACGGCAGCGCCAGCCAUUGAGCGGCUGGGGGUUCCUUCUUAUGAUUGGCGCAACAACUUUUUGCACGGGCUGGUGGACAACGGCAUUGCCACCAUGUUUCCCCAGGCCAUCGGCUUGGCCGCAACUUGGAGCACCGAGCUGCUGACUGCCAUCGGCCGCGUCGGUGCCGUGGAACAGCGGGCUAAAUACAACAUCAACAAAACCGCAAACGGCGAUGUGCCAAUGAAUUACGGCCUCAACGUUUGGCAAGUCGCUGGUCACGAGUCUAGCACAUUAGUCAAGCCAAAUCGUUCGUCUAAUGCAUGUCGCGGACAAGAGACCUAUGGUGAAGAUCCGGUGCUGACCGGCACGCUUGGCGUUGCCAUUGUCAAGGGCCUACAAACGUUGCCGGAUAGCGCCGACUACCUCGCUUUGGGCGCCACCCCCAAGCAUUUCGUCGCAUACUCGUUGGACAAGACGCCGCCACGCUUGUCGUUUGAUCCAACCAUCAGCAUGGUGGAUCUGCGUCAAACAUAUUUCCCUGCCUUCAAGGCCGUGGUGCAGGAGGGCCGCGCUACUAGCUUGAUGUGCAGGUUUGUCAUUCUUACAACUCACAAGGCGGUUCACAUCUGCUGGAUCGCAUGUCUGCGUGCACGUGCGACCAACGUGUGCAAACCGCUUUCCAUGACGUCGGCGCUUGCAUCACGCACACUGCCCCACAGCUACAAUGGUGUCAACGGCUAUCCCAUGUGCGCCAGUCCCAUGCUGGAUCUGAUUGUGCGCAAUGAGUGGGGCUUUGAUGGAUUCUUCACUUCAGACUCGGACGCCAUUGUCUUCUUCGUUUCGGAGCAAAACUACUCAACCAACACGAUUCACGCCGCUGCAGCGGCAUUGAACGCCGGUGUUGACCUGAAUUCUGGACCGGCUUACUUGGAGCUGCACGACGCCUACGAGCAUGGCCUUGUCACUGAACAGGCCCUGCGUACCUCCGCAGAACGGCUCUUCACCUUUCGUCUUCGCACCGGCGAGUUUGAUCCGGAUGAGCUCGUGCCAUUCUCCUCAUAUGACGAGCGCAACAUCUCCUCACCGGUGCAUCAGGCUCUCAAUCUACGCGUGGCCGAGGAAUCGCUCGUGCUGCUCAAGAACUCGCAAGACGUGUUGCCCUUGGAUCUGGCCUCGCUGAAGCACGUGGCAAUCAUCGGCCUGUCCACAACGCUCGCCACCAACAACGUGACGUUCACUUUUGAGGAGGGCUGCGACAUUGAAAGCAACGACACAUCACGCAUCCCGGCUGCCGUUGAGGCGGCGCGUCAAGCAGAUGUGGUGUUCCUGGUCUUGGGCUUGCACGUGUGUACGGAGCAUGCCAACACGCCUUACCACAACGCUGAAUGCGAAGGCCACGACCGAGAAUCUAUCGGCCUUCCGGGCGUUCAAAAAGAGCUGGCGGAGAGCAUUUUCUCAGCUCACACGCGCGUCAUCACCAUUUAUGUCAAUGGCGGCCCUGUCGCCAGCCCCAUCGUAGCGGAGCGCUCUGCAGCAUUGCUCGAAGCCUGGUAUGGCGGCCAACAUGCAGGCACGGCCGUUUCGAAUAUCAUAUUUGGCAAGGUUUCGCCUUCGGGUCGCUUGCCAUAUCUCGUACCUCCUUCUGACGAGGACCUACCUGACAUUUUGUCCAUGACAAUGUCCGAUUUCCCGGGACGCACGUAUCGAUACUUUCAAAACGACCCAUUGCACGACUUUGGGUUUGGCCUGAGUUACACCCGCUUUGAAUAUGCGGCGGCUACCAUGGCACCGCUCACGUUCAACCUGACCGAGAACCUGAAGCCGCAACUCAAGCUUGAGGUGACCGUGCGCAAUGUCGGAAAACGGGCCGGCAAGGAGGUUGUGCAAGUGUAUGCUCGUCUGCGCCAAACCACGGCUCUUCAAGAGCGCUAUCCCUCGAUCCCCUUGCGCCAGCUCCUGGCCUUUACCAAAACCGGUGAAUUGAAGACCAGUGCGGAGGAGCGCAUCAAGCUUGAGAUUGUGCUCAGCCCCCUGCAAUUGGCGAACGCCCACGGCGAGCUUGAAUAUCCCGAAGGUGUCUAUGACGUGUUUGUUGGGGGAGUGGCACCCCCGCGUGCUGGUGCUCCCGAAGAGCUGACACGUUUUGUCCUGCGAUUAGAGGGAAGCGAGUUUUGAGGCAUCAUGCCAUUCUAAACUCAUUCCUGUUGGAGAGAGUGAAUGCAAAAAGAAAAGAAAGUUGGAAUUUGAUUUCAAUUCUGUGUCACCUUUGAUCUGCCUCUCUUCUUGUCGAGAAUCAAGAAUAAUUGACGCCACCGUGU